AAAUAUAAAAUAUAAAGUGACUUAUAUACGAUCUACCAGGUGGGAAAAAUCUUUAAAGAGCCUCACCUAUCAAUCGCUAGAAGUAGAAAUCGAUAUCUGUGUAUUAUUACAAGUCUUCUUCCGCAUCUGCAUUUUUGUGCAACGAAAAUGCGCGGUAUUACGGAAAGAACGCCUUUAAGAAGGCAUAUGGAUUCACCUGACUACGUCGAAUUCGCCAGCCUUUUGAGGACUCGAAGAACGCGAAUACGGCAGUUCCAAUGCUGUAUUUGCGGCAUCCUGAUAGUGGUCUUCACGAUGGCUCUGGUGAUAUCCAUCAGCUAUUCUAUCAGUAAUUCCACUGCGAUUGAUAACGCAACAUCGCCCGGAAAUUUAAGUGUUAUCUUGAGAGAAUCCUUAGGAUUCGCACCUGGAGCAACCUCACACGCAUCCUUCAGCAGUACCGUUAGUGCCACAGUCGAACCCAACUACAUUCUAAUACGAAAUGCAAAUGUCAAUACCUCGAAGAGUCUCAAUGGACACGAAUAUAUGCAAGGACUACGAGCCAGUGAACGGGCGAUUAAGGAUCGUCUGUUCGCGGAUAUGAUUGCCGCAAAGUCACCGUUGCCUUCCCCAUCUCCAGAAUCUAGACACCGCUACGCAGUCAGCACGUAUCCAAAUGUUAGUGCUCUUGCUUUAGCAGCAAUAGGUGAAAUUGCAGCAACAAGAACUAUUGAGAAUAUGAGAUCCACCCAUGAUGAAUCUUCGGCGAUCGGUACUUUCUUCGACAGUGGUUGGGUGUCGAAGAGCGUGUGCAAACAAUAUUUCGAUCGCUCCUGCAAAAUCGGCAAAUACAGGACUAUCAACGGUAGCUGCAAUCGGCCUAGAGGAUGGGGCUCUAGCAUGACACCUUUCAGGAGAGUUUUGCCUCCAGAUUAUGCCGAUGGAAUCGAGUCUCCUCGGAAGGCGCGAUCCGGAAAGGAGUUGCCUUCUGCUAGAGAAGUCAGUCUAAAAGUACAUAAUCCUUCAGCCAGCAGUAAUCCAUCUUUCACGGUGAUGCUGGCUGUAUUCGGUCAGUUUCUGGAUCAUGAUGUUACUGCUACCGCGCUUAGUCAGGGUAUUAAUGGGAGAUCGAUAGCGUGCUGCUCAUCUUCGAGAGAACAACAUCCCGAGUGCUUUCCCAUUCGAAUUGGAACCGGCGAUCCCAUGCAUGAUCUGACUAACAGAACCUGCAUGGACUUUGUAAGAUCGGCACCAGCUCCGCGAUGUGAACUCGGCCCUAGGGAACAGCUUAAUCAAGUCAGCGCCUUCAUCGACGGUUCAGCUAUUUAUGGCUCCAACAAUGAGACCACUUCUGAUCUUCGCGAAUUCACCGGCGGUCGUUUGAGGAUGCAGCUCACUCCCAACAAUAGGACUUUAUUACCGGCAAGCAUGAAUCCUGACGAUGGCUGUAAUAGAGAAGCCGAGCGACGUCGCGGCCGUUAUUGCUUUGCCGCGGGUGAUGCCAGAGCGAACGAGAACCUACAUUUAACCACAAUGCAUCUUCUCUGGGCACGACAACAUAACAGGAUCGCGGAUGAAUUGUCGAAAAUCAAUCCCUCUUGGAGCGACGAAGUGCUCUUUCAGGAAACGAGACGCAUCGUCGGCGCUCAACUGCAACACAUCACCUAUCGCGAGUUUCUACCCAUCAUUGUAGGCGAUGAGAAGAUGAAAAAAUACGACUUAAAACCUCUUAAUUUAGGCUACAGGAAACAAACGUAUGAUCCAAAUGACCUGGAAAAUGAUCCUACGAUAGCCAAUCACUUUGCGGCCGCGGCUUUUCGUUUCGCACACACCUUACUACCAGGAUUGAUGAGAAUGACAGACGCAGAGAAGGGUACGUCGUCAUAUGUGGAACUGCACAGGAUGCUUUUCAAUCCGUACAGCCUCUAUGCCGAGGACGGCGUCAGGCGUUCGAUCAGCUCGGCCACGACCAACGUCAUCCAAAAAUAUUCUACGCAUGUCACCUCGCAAUUGACUAGUAAUCUCUUCGAAGAUCCCGUAGCCAAUUUUACAACACCUUGUGGCCUCGAUCUGGUGUCGUUAAACAUUCAACGUGGCCGAGAUCAUGGAUUACCGGGAUACACUGUGUGGCGGGAAUAUUGCGGUCUAGGAAAAGCGGAAACGUUUAACGACCUUGAAGGAUAUUUGAAUCAUCAGGAUUUGGAGCAAAUGUCAAUGCUUUACGAGUCAGUCGAUGAUAUUGAUCUGUAUACCGGCGCAUUGUCGGAAAUACCGGAAUCGGAUAGCUUGGUCGGGCCUACGUUUACAUGUUUGAUCAUUGAUCAGUUUAUACGCCUACAAAAGGGAGAUCGUUUCUGGUAUGAGUACGCCGAGCAACCAUAUCCCUUCACAGGAGAACAACUCGUGGAGCUACGCAAGAGUUCACUGGCUAAAAUAAUAUGCGAUAAUUCCGACGAGAUUACGCACGCUCAGGUAGAAUUAAUGCGUUCUGUUGGAUCUAAUAAUCCUAUGGUACCUUGCGAAAAUAUACAAGGACCUUCCUUUAUAUUAUGGAAAGAGAAUCUCACUUCUAAUUUAACACCAACAGAUAAAAAAUUUAAACAGAUCAAAAUUUUAUAAAUAUAACAUAUGUUUAAAAUUCGGAGGAUUAUUUUAACGUUUAGAUAAUCUUCACAGUUUAGAUAAUCUUCACUUUGAUUUUAACAUUAAUCCUCAAAAAAGUUGAUGACAUUAUUUGUAACGAUUAUU